GACAUAAAUCCGCUUGUUUCUGGAUAUUCCGAACAAUUACUGAACAAAGGCUGCGGCCACUGCGAUUGUUUGUGCGAGAAAUCCGGGUCGCGGGCAGCUAAAAGUCGAUUUUAAUCGGCUGAGCAAUGGCUGAUGACCCAAUGCCUGCACCAAACCAGAUAGCAGACAACAACAUGAGUUCAGACAUGAAUCACCCAGGAACAGGACCCAGUGGUCCACCAGGAUCAGGACCAGUGCAGGGCUACGAGCAAGGAGGAACAGGCCCUAGAAUGCAAUCACAAGGAGGACCUAUGCCAAGCCCUAUGCAGGGAGGACCAAGCAAUAGCCCAAUGAUGACACCAAGUCCAGGCCCUGGAAUGUCCGGUCCUAGCCCCAGUGGCAUGCAGCAAGGGCCAGGCCCAAUGGGAGAUAGUAAUAUGAUGCCACCAUCGAUGAGCCCCAUGCAGGGGGGUCAGGGGCACAUGAUGCCCCCUCAGGGACCACCAUCCAUGGGAGGUCACGCACCUUCGUCUGGUCCAGGACCUAUGCCACCAUACCAGUCACAGAUGAUGAAUCAAGGUCCUCGCCCUGGUCACAACCCAAUGGCCCCUCCUAACCAGGGCUAUAUGGGAGGUCAGUACGGAGGUCAACAUGGAGGUCAACAUGGUGGACAGGGAAUGAAUACAGGUGGGUCUGUGGCUGGACAUGGUAUGAUGGGUCCUGGGCAGCAGUACCAGGGGCCUCCACACCAGGUACCACCACACCAGGGACCUCCUCACCAAGGCCAAAUGCAUCAAGGAGGACCCCAUCAAGGACCUAUGCAUCAAGGACCACCCCACCAGGUGCCACCCCAUCAGGGCCCCCCACAUCAAGGUUCCCCUCACCCAGGCCCACCACAUCAAGGGGGGCCUCACCCAGGCCCACCCCAUCAGGGUUCAUCACAUCAGGGCCCGCCGCACCAGGGCCCGCCGCACCAGGGUCCUCCUCAUCAAAGUGGACCUCAUCAGGUACCUAGCUCUCAUCAGGUACCCCCUCAUCAAGGUGGCCCGCACCAGGGUGGACCACCCCAUCAAGGAGGACCACCCCAUCAAGGAGGUCCACCUAUGCAGGCUCAACAGGGCCAGCAACAGCACCAGGUACCUCAACAUCCAACCAGUGGUCACCAAGGCCCACCUCAUCAGGGGCCAACAUCACACUCUGGUCCUGGACCUCACCAGGGAGGACAGCCAGUUCCUUCUGGUCCACACACUGGACCACCACACCAGGGUCCCAAGCCUAUGCCAAGCCAAGGGAGCAUGCCUGGUCAUGGGCCUAUGCAGAACCCGCUUGAACAUGGCCAACGAGGUCCAAGCCCUGUUCAGAACUUCCCUAUGCAGAGCUCUGGACCAGGACAAGGCCCACAUGGAUCACAGUCUCAACAGAUGAACCAGAAUUACAACCCUAACAACUACACCAUGCUACAAAGAGCUUUGGAGACGAUGCAAGAGAAGGGGUUACAGAACGACCCUCGCUACCCACAGAUUGUUGCUAUGGCUAACAAAGCUAAGCAGUACGCUCACAUGCAGCAGCAGUCCAUGCCCCCAUCGGGCAAUAUGGGCGGACCACCAGGCAGAAAUGGAGGAGGUUAUAUGGAGGGCUCGGGUAACAUGCCCCCAUCAGGCUACCAGCAACACAGCGGACCCCAGCGAGCCAGGCCUAGCCCCUUCACACCGGUCCAGCUCCAGCAGCUAAAGGCACAGAUCAUGGGCUACAAGUUCCUCUCACGUAACCAACCUCUGUCUGAUCAUCUGCGCAUGGCCAUCCAAGGACAGUACCAACAGCAGAUGAGAGGUGGCCAAGGUCCUAUGCCUGGUCAGCCAGGUCAGAUGCACAUGUCAUCUCACAACCAACCCUGGGGCAACCAACAGCAACCAGGCAAUCAGCAACACCGCAAGGGCCCGUCUAACAUGAGUGACAUGUUAUCCAGCCCCAGGAUGCCUCAACAGAUGCAGCAACAGCAGCAGCAGCAUUCGCAGCAGGGUGCUCCAGGAGCGUUCCCUGGGCAGCAGCAGCCAGGAGGAGGCAGCGCUCAGACACAGCAGCCCCUCCCUCCUCCUAACUCAAACAUCACCACUGUAGGGAUGCUGCUGGCUAAGCAGAACAGACAGGUGCCUGUGGCCAAACCCAAGGGAUUAGACCCUGUGGAGAUCCUUCAGGAAAGAGAGAACAGAGUUGCUGCCCGCAUCUCAUACCGCGUCACGGAGCUGCAAACCCUUCCCGGCAACCUCCCCGAGGACCUGCGUGUGAAGGCCACCAUAGAGCUCCGAGCCCUUCGUCUGCUCAACUUCCAGAAGCAGCUUCGCCAGGAUGUAGUGGCCUGCAUGCGUAAGGACACCACUUUAGAGUCGGCUCUAAACAUCAAGGCUUACAAGCGCUCUAAGAAACAGACCCUGAGGGAAGCCCGCAUCACAGAGAGGCUGGAGAGACAGCAGAAGAUGGAGCUGGAACGCAAGCGCAGACAGAAACACCAGGAAUAUUUGAGCUGUGUUAUCGCGCAUGCUAAGGAGUUCCGUGAGUUCCAUCGUGGCAUACAAUCCAAGAUCUCCAAGUGUAACAAGGCUGUCAUGAUGUACCAUGCCAACACGGAGCGAGAACAGAAGAAGGAGAGCGAGAGGAUUGAGAAAGAGCGUAUGCGCCGCCUCAUGGCUGAAGAUGAAGAAGGUUACAGAAAGCUUAUUGACGAGAAGAAAGACAAGCGUCUAGCCUACCUGCUGACCCAGACUGACCAGUACAUCGAGAGCUUGACCCAGCUGGUCAGACAGCAUCAGGACGUCAUGAAGAAGAUGAAGAGAAGGAAGAAGAAGAAGGAACCAACUACCAGUGAAGCCCUCAAAGAAGGGCUGGUUGAUGAAAGCAGUCAAUCGAGUGACAUGCCAGUGACUGUGAUGAACCAAGAGACUGGUCAGGUGCUAUCGGGUGAGGCUGCCCCUCGAUCCAGUCAGCUAGAGGCUUGGCUUGAGAUGAAUCCUGGCUAUGCUGUAGCUCCUAGAGAUGAAGGUUCCGAUGAUGAGGAGAGUGGAUCUGAAGAUGAAGAGGACGAAGGAGAAGAAGAUGAGGAGAAAGAAGAGGUGAUGGUACCAGUUCCUGUUGAAACUAUUAGACCUGACCUUUACGGCAAAACAGCCAAGGAUAUUAUACAGGAGUCUUCAGUGGGCGAUGACGAGUACAAGUCUAUAGAACAGGCUGGUGGAGCUGGCUACUACAACAUGGCCCAUUCCAUCAAUGAGAUAGUGACCACACAACCUGAGAUGCUUGUCAAUGGUACACUCAAAGAAUACCAGGUGAAAGGUCUUCAGUGGCUGGUAUCUCUGUAUAACAACAAUCUGAAUGGAAUCCUGGCCGAUGAGAUGGGUUUGGGUAAGACCAUCCAGACCAUUGCUCUUGUAUGUCAUCUGAUUGAGAAGAAGAAAGUCAUGGGGCCAUUCCUCGUCAUUGUACCACUCUCAACCUUGUCCAAUUGGGUGCUUGAGUUUGAUAAGUGGGGACCGACGGUCCACAAGAUAGUCUACAAGGGCUCUCCUCAAACCCGACGUACUCUUGCCCUCACCCUGCGAUCAACCAAGUUCAGCGUACUACUCACCACCUAUGAGUACGUCAUGAAGGAUAAAAGCUUCCUCUCCAAGCUCCGUUGGAAGCAUAUGAUCGUUGAUGAAGGACAUCGUAUGAAGAACCAUCAUUGUAAGCUGACUCAGAUUCUCAACACUCACUACAGCUCUCAUCAUAGACUCUUACUCACUGGUACUCCAUUACAGAACAAACUGCCCGAGUUGUGGGCCCUGAUGAACUUCUUGCUACCAAGCAUCUUCAAGUCCUGCAGUACCUUUGAGCAGUGGUUCAAUGCUCCCUUUGCAGCUACCGGAGAAAAGGUUGAGCUGAAUGAGGAAGAGACCAUCCUGAUCAUCCGUCGUCUUCACAAGGUUCUUAGGCCGUUCCUUCUGCGUCGUCUCAAGAGGGAAGUGGAAUCACAACUCCCAGAGAAGGUUGAGUAUGUGAUCAAGUGUGACAUGUCAGCUCUGCAGAGGUUACUGUACAGACACAUGCAGACUAAGGGAAUCAUGCUGACUGAUGGCUCAGAGAAAGACAAGAAGGGACGUGGUGGUACCAAGGCGCUGACAAACACCAUCAUGCAGCUCAGGAAGAUAUGUAACCAUCCAUUCAUGUUCAGACAUAUCGAGGAAUCUUUCUCUGAGCAUCUUGGAGUGACCGGUGGCAUCAUCUCUGGCCCUGACCUGUACAGAGUGGGCGGUAAGUUUGAACUGCUUGACCGCAUCCUGCCCAAGCUGAAGGCUCUUGGUCAUCGUAUCUUGCUCUUCUGUCAGAUGACCACUCUGAUGACCAUCCUAGAAGACUUCUUUGUCUACAGAGGUUUCAAGUAUCUGCGUUUGGAUGGUACGACCAAGGCUGAUGAUCGUGGCAUACUUCUUCAGACCUUCAACGAGGCUAACUGCCCGUACUUCAUCUUCAUGUUGAGUACCAGGGCAGGUGGUUUGGGGCUCAAUCUUCAGACUGCUGAUACUGUCAUCUUGUUUGACAGUGACUGGAAUCCUCAUCAGGAUCUCCAAGCCCAGGACCGUGCACAUCGUAUCGGUCAAGUGAACGAGGUCCGUGUCCUGCGUCUGAUGACCGUCCAGAGCGUGGAGGAGAAGAUCUUGGCCGCAGCCAGGUGGAAGAUGAACAUGGACAGUAAGAUCAUCCAGGCUGGUAUGUUUGACCAGAAGUCUACCAACUCCGAGAGAAGGGCGUACCUACGAGCUCUGCUGGAGAGGGAUGCUGAUCAGGACGAUGAGGAGAAUGAAGUCCCUGAUGAUGAGACAGUCAAUCAGAUGAUCGCCCGAUCCGAAGAGGAAUUUGAGAUCUACCAGCGGAUGGACAUCGAGCGUCGGCGCAACGAGGCCCGUGACCCGAACCGCAAGCCACGUCUGAUGGAGGUGAAUGAGCUUCCUAGCUGGCUGGUCAAGGAUGAGGAGGAUGUGGAGAGACUGACCUUUGAGGAGGAGGAAGAGAAGCUGUUUGGACGGGGCUCUAGACAGAGGAAGGAUGUAGACUACAGUGAUACACUCACAGAGAAAGAAUUCCUUCGGGCAAUCCAAGAUGGCAACUUGGAUGAGAUUGAGGAGAGCAAGAAGGAGAAGAAGCGUCGCUACAAGCGCAAGCGUCCCAUCGACGACGAUGACGAGCAAGAGGGAGAGGUGGAGAGAGAGCAGGAGAGAGAGGUGGAGAGGGAACAAGAGAGGGACAAUCCUGAGGUUGAGAAACCCAAGAAACGUAGAGGGCGCCCUCCAGCAGAGAAGCCGUCCCCUAAUCCUCCGCAUCUCACCAAACUCAUGAAGAAACUGGUAGAGGUCAUGUCCAAGUACAAAGACAAUACUGGUCGUCCUCUGGCCCAUCCAUUCAUGCAGCUCCCUCCCAAGCGAAUCCUACCUGAUUACUACGAGCUGAUCACCAAGCCCAUGGAUCUCAAGAAGAUCAAGGAUAGGAUCAGGCAGCAUAAGUAUCGCUGUCUGGAUGAUCUGGAGAGGGACACCGUACUCAUGUUCCAGAAUGCUCAGAUCUAUAACCUGGAGGGAUCACAGAUCUACGAUGAUUCCAUAGUGCUACACUCAGUCUUCACCACGGCUCGCAAAUGUCUAGAACAGACUGGUAGACUGCCUCCUCAGCUGGGCGGCAAGUCAGAGAGUGAGAGUGAAAGUGACACCGAUGACAAUGAAGAACCUGAAGCAAAGAAACCCAAGACCACUAAAGGUGGCAAGGGCAAAGGAGAAGACAAGGGCAAGAAACCUGCCAAGAGAGGUCGUCCACCACGCAAAGCCGUCGUCAGUGAUGAUGAUAGUGACGAUGAGGUAGACGACGAUGAUGAUGACGAUGAUGGCAAGUCUGAUGAUAAUGGCAAGUCUGAUCAGGAUAGCCAGCAACAAAGUGAUGAUGCCGAUUCAGACACUGAUGCUGAUGAUAACACGCCAGAUACAUCCCGGGCUUCGUCUAGAGGUGCGUCCCCCGCUCCAGGCAAGAAACGAUAAUGGAGCAAUGUAAAAACAUGUGUAAUCUAGUCUUGUAGGUAGUUAGGGGGUGCAUCCCCCGUUACAGGCAAGAAAUGAUGAAUGCAUGUAAUCUUUGUAUAGUAAGUUACGAUGAUUGGAGAACAUAUCUUUCAGAGCAAGAGAGAAGAGAGUGUGACAGCUUUUAACAAUUUUGGGGAGGUAACUUUGUGAACUUGCAAAUUAACUUAUAUUAUUACCUGUUUUUUUAUUAUUAGUGUUUAUUUCUUUGGAAAUUAUUAAUGUUUACACGAGCUGGGUUACUGCAAGUGAGAAAUAGUUUCUUGAGCAGUCAAUUUCAGACUCCAUCAUAUAAACAAACCUACAUGUUCAUCUGUAAAUAGUCCUUUUAUUUAGUGAUGUCAUUAUUCUUUUUGUAUUGGUAGUGCAUGGUGUUUUAAUGAUUUAGUCAAGACCUGAUGUCAAUACAAUCAUUUUCUAUCAGUUC